AGCCGGCCCGCGCCGCAGUCCCCCGCGCCAGAGCGCCGCAGCAUCCGCGGCGUCCGCGCGUCCGGCCGCUGUCCUCCGCCACCUCGGCCGGCGCGAUGGCGAAGCCGCUGACGGACAGCGAGAAGCGGAAGCAGAUCAGCGUGCGGGGGAUCGCGGGGCUGGGCGACGUGGCCGAGGUGCGGAAGAGCUUCAACCGGCACCUGCACUUCACGCUGGUCAAGGACCGCAACGUGGCCACGCCCCGCGACUACUUCUUCGCGCUGGCGCACACGGUGCGCGACCACCUGGUGGGCCGCUGGAUCCGCACGCAGCAGCACUACUACGAGCGCGACCCCAAGCGAAUUUAUUACCUUUCCCUGGAAUUCUACAUGGGUCGCACGCUGCAGAACACCAUGGUGAACCUGGGGCUUCAGAAUGCUUGUGACGAAGCUAUUUAUCAGUUGGGGUUGGACUUGGAAGAACUGGAGGAGAUAGAAGAAGAUGCUGGCCUGGGGAACGGGGGCCUGGGCAGGCUGGCAGCCUGUUUCCUUGACUCGAUGGCCACCCUGGGCCUGGCCGCAUACGGCUAUGGAAUCCGCUAUGAAUUUGGGAUUUUUAACCAGAAGAUUGUCAACGGCUGGCAGGUGGAGGAGGCCGACGACUGGCUGCGCUAUGGCAACCCCUGGGAGAAGGCCCGGCCCGAGUACAUGCUCCCUGUGCACUUCUAUGGGCGCGUGGAGCACACCCCCGACGGCGUGAAGUGGCUGGACACGCAGGUGGUGCUUGCCAUGCCCUACGACACCCCGGUGCCCGGCUACAAGAACAACACGGUCAACACCAUGAGGCUGUGGUCCGCCAAGGCGCCCAACGACUUCAAGCUACAGGACUUCAACGUGGGAGACUAUAUCGAGGCAGUCCUGGAUCGGAACUUGGCGGAGAACAUCUCCAGAGUCCUGUAUCCAAACGACAACUUCUUUGAGGGGAAGGAGCUGCGGCUGAAGCAGGAGUACUUCGUGGUGGCCGCCACCCUCCAGGACAUCAUCCGCCGCUUCAAGUCCUCCAAAUUCGGCUGCCGGGACCCAGUGAGAACCUGCUUUGACACGUUCCCGGACAAGGUGGCCAUCCAGCUGAACGACACCCACCCCGCCCUCUCCAUCCCUGAGCUCAUGCGCAUCCUGGUGGACGUGGAGAAGGUGGACUGGGACAAGGCCUGGGAGAUCACAAAGAAGACCUGUGCGUACACCAACCACACUGUGCUGCCCGAGGCCUUGGAGCGCUGGCCCGUGUCCAUGUUCGAGAAGCUGCUGCCGCGGCACCUGGACAUCAUCUACGCCAUCAACCAGCGGCACCUGGACCAUGUGGCUGCCCUGUUUCCCGGGGACGUGGACCGCCUGCGGAGGAUGUCUGUGAUCGAGGAAGGGGACUGCAAGCGGAUCAACAUGGCCCACCUGUGCGUGAUCGGGUCCCACGCCGUCAACGGUGUGGCGAGGAUCCACUCGGAGAUCGUGAAGCAGUCUGUGUGAUUUAAGGAUUUCUACGAGCUGGAGCCCGAGAAGUUCCAGAACAAGACGAAUGGCAUCACUCCCCGACGGUGGCUGCUGCUGUGCAACCCCGGGCUGGCGGACGUCAUCGUGGAGAAAAUCGGGGAGGGCUUCCUGACUGACCUGAGCCAACUGAAGAAGCUGCUGCCGUUGGUCAGUGACGAGGCCUUCAUCAGGGACGUGGCCAAGGUCAAGCAGGAGAACAAGCUGAAGUUCUCGGCCCUCCUGGAGAAGGAGUACAAGGUGAAGAUCAACCCAUCCUCCAUGUUCGACGUGCACGUGAAGAGGAUCCACGAGUACAAGCGGCAGCUGCUCAACUGCCUGCACGUCAUCACCCUGUACAACCGAAUAAAGAAAGACCCGGCCAAGGCCUUUGUGCCCAGGACUGUUAUGAUUGGGGGCAAGGCAGCUCCUGGUUACCACAUGGCCAAGAUGAUCAUCAAGUUGGUCACGUCUAUUGGCGACGUUGUCAAUCAUGAUCCAGUUGUGGGCGACAGGCUCAAAGUGAUCUUCCUGGAGAACUACCGGGUGUCCUUGGCUGAGAAAGUGAUCCCGGCCGCCGACCUGUCGCAGCAGAUCUCCACCGCGGGCACCGAGGCCUCGGGCACAGGCAACAUGAAGUUCAUGCUCAACGGGGCCCUCACCAUCGGCACCAUGGACGGCGCCAACGUGGAGAUGGCCGAGGAGGCCGGGGCUGAGAACCUCUUCAUCUUUGGCCUGCGGGUGGAGGAUGUCGAGGCCCUGGACCGGAAAGGGUACAACGCCAGAGAGUUCUACGACCGCUUGCCUGAGCUGAAGCAGGCCGUGGACCAGAUCAGCAGUGGCUUCUUUUCUCCCAGGGAGCCAGACUGCUUCAAGGAUGUUGUCAACAUGCUGAUGUACCAUGACAGGUUCAAGGUGUUUGCAGACUACGAAGCGUAUAUGCAGUGCCAGGCCCAGGUGGACCAGCUGUACCGGAACCCCAAGGAGUGGACCAAGAAGGUCAUCAGGAACAUCGCCUGCUCGGGCAAGUUCUCCAGCGACCGGACCAUCACAGAAUAUGCCCGGGACAUCUGGGGCGUGGAGCCCUCAGACCUGCAGAUCCCGCCCCCCAACAUCCCCAGGGACUAGGUGUCCUGCUCACUUGGGACCAGCGGGCUUCUGUUUUCUUGCUGACUUUGCACCUCAUGCCGGUUUUUAAGCACUUUGCCAGCAGCUGGCGGCCCCUGCUUUCUCAGUGCUGUGUUUCCAGGAGGGACCAUGGGGGUCGAGGGGGUGGUUUUGAGGGAGCGGGGCAAGGAAGGUAGGUGCUAGGAGUGAUGUCUCAGCUUCCUGCAAAGGAAAGCAGAGUGUGGACAGCCACAGCUGGUCCCUGCAGCUUCAGCCCACUUGCCCCAUACAGGGUGGGUGGAAGGUGGAGCUGCCCGCUGGGCUCCCCCAAAACCUUGCACGCAUCUUGCUGUGAGCUUUAGUUUUGAGCCUCUGGAUUCUGGGGUCUGGAUAGGUGGUCAUGAUGAAGCCUGGGGAUGUGUUUCUGCAGCACCUGGGCUGCCAGCCACAGGGCAGGGCCAAGCCCAGUAUGGCCCGGUCCUCCCUGCCUAGCUCUGCCUCCUAGCCAUGCUGGGGUGGCAGGGCUCAGAGCUUCCAGGCAUCAUCUUCACAGCUGCCUGCCCUCUGCAUCUGAUAUGUGGGACAAGGACCCAGAUAGAGCCUGCCCUUUGUAGCCAUCCUGGGUACUGUGUAGGCGCUUAGACCCAGGAGGACUGGGGUGGGCAGAUGUUAGGGAAGGUACUUGUGUCUGGGUUCUCAGAGGCUGUGGUUAGGACGGGCAAGUCUAGCUGAUACAGGUUAGCUUGGUUUUGCUUAUUCAAAAGAAAAAAUAACAUCACAAGGAAAUGAAACUAGCUGAAGUGUUUUGUUUUAGCAACUAAAAUUUGUUUUGGUCAGUUUUGUAUCUAGGGAUUCCUGCUGUGGAUGUUUUUGCCUGGCUAGAGAUGGGUCAGCUGCUGUCCUGCCCUGGAACCUGGGGCAGGGCUGCUGUCCCUGCUGCAGACCCGUGCCCUUCCUGUGACUCCUGCCGUGUCCUGGGGUACAUAUCCUGCUGUGCACAUAAGGGCCAAUUGGGUCCAGAGGAACCUAGUUUCCACUCUGCUUGGACAGUAGGCCACGGUCUGGGAGAUAAGGGGGAGCCCUUCACAGCCUUGCCCCUCCCCAAGGCUGACACUCCAGGGAAGACCUGCCUAGUACUGCCCAAAGGAGAGGGCAGGGAGCAGGCUGCUGCCUUCACUGUACCGUUGUUGGGGAAAUCAGGCGGCAUCACCGUUCCAGAGGCUUCCAUCACCUUGCAUGCUGGGUCUGGGUUGCACAGGGAGGCUCUUCCUUUACCCCCAGGCCUGUAGUCUUGUUGAGGGGCAUUUGUUCACGGUGCACAGCCUACCAGAGCCACUGGGGUCUUCCCUUGAAUAGGGGCAAGUUCUGGGGCUAUGGUCAUGCCCCGGCAACAUCUGCUAUCCCAUGUGGCGGCUCCAUGUGUGAGGCUGCACUCCCCUAGCUGGCUGUGGGUGACCACCACUGUACCACUCGCUGCUACUGCCUCAUAUGAGAAACUGAUUAAACCUUUAUGCCCAUAGUCA